AUGCCUUUUGUCAGAAUCGACGUCAUCAAGGGACGCAGAAGCCCCGAACAGUUGCGCAAAAUGGACGAUGUGAUCCAACAAGUCCUAGUCGAUACCUUUGAUCCUCCCGAGAGAGACAGAUACCAGAUCUUUAGUCAGCAUGAGCCAUGGGAAGUCAUAUGUUGGGACACCGGUCUCGGCUUUGAGCGAACGGAUGAUGUUGUUAGCAUCCACAUCUUUGCCCAAGGAAGGAAUCGAGAGAAGAAGGUGGCCAUGUACGAAACAUUAGGAGAAAGACUGGAAAAUGAGUGCGGGCUCAAGGGUAAUGACUUGCUCGUGUCUGUUACACCUCACGCGAAGGAGGAUUGGAGCUUCGCCUAUGCACGGGCACAGUUCCUGACUGGAGAGCUCUGA